ACGUUAUAUCAUGUUUGUUUUCCCCGCUUUUGAUGGUUUUUGAACAAAUGGAGGUUGAUUAAAACAAUAAAAACGCCAGUACAGUACGCCACUGGACUUGUACAGGAUUACCACACUAAAAUUUCAAAAAACCUAUGUUUGAAGACUUUAAUUAAAAAUACAUUUUUCUUAAUAAAUAACGUACGCAAUUAUUCUAUUUUGCUGGUCUGAAAAUUCCAAUUUAAUAAAUAACGUGUGUAACAUUCAACGGUUGCCGGCCAUGAUUGUCAGCUUCUUGACAGCUGUUUUGGAGGGAAAAGCUUUUGCCAAGAGGCAAAACACGUGUUUAUAAACAUAAACACCAAAAAUGGACGAACAAAAGCUUUUGAAACGGAGGAAUAAAGCCCACAGAGAAAACAAUGAGGGAGUUCUUAUCAGUGUUUGCACCGAUUUGGCAAAUUUGUACGUGGAUAAACGACGAUUUGAUUUCGCUAUAGAGGAAUACACCACAGUUGCAAACAUUUACAAGAAACAAAAUAAACAAUUGGAGUAUGCUGUGGUCAAUAGAGGCAUAGGUGAAGCCUAUUUGGGCUUACAAAAGUUUGAUAAAGCUUUGCAACACCAAAAAGUCUACUUGGAUACUGCAAGGGAGUUGAAAAAUAAGCUGGAAGAGCAACGAGCUCUUGCCACCAUUGGCCACACUUACCUCACCAGUUACUUGGAAUCAUCAGAACCCGAUAAAAAUAAUUUAAACCUAGCUAAUAAGUUUUUCAUGAAAAGUUUAAUAGUUUCACAGAGCUUAGUUGGAGAGGCAAGUAAACUUGAAAUUGCAGACAUGUGUGCUCGACUUUAUUGCAAUUUAGGCAUAGUUCAAGACUGUCUUAGUAAUUACGACAAAGCUUUGGAACUUUUCACCAAAUCUAUAAACCAAUGCAAAGCUCACGACUUGUACGAACAACUACAAAGGGGCUACAUGUCUCUCGCGUCACUCUUGGUGAAAAAGGGGGACAGUAAAGCAGCCCUCCAGCAGUGUAAUUUAGCCGCCGAGACCGCAAAAAAACUACGCAAUAAGGCCGUUCUCCUGGCCGGGAUUUUUUUAAACAAAUCGGAGAUUCUCCUGAAGCUGGGGGACCUCCACGGGGCCAAAAACACCCUCCACAAGGCGUACAAACUCAACACGCCUGAUGUCAAAGACCGGAAAACAAUUGAAAGUAAUUUGAAAAUUGUCGCUUCAAUGUGUUACAACGAGGAUAAACUAUUGAUAACUGACAGUACUGAUUACCCAAAUUUGAAGAAAUUGUACGAAAAGAUGGGUGAUGGCGCAUGUCAUUUGAAACUCUACACCAAGGCACUCGAUUAUUAUAAAAAAAUGUUAGAGACGGCCGAAAAGGCCGAAAUGACCGGUUCGGAUUUGGCUUCGUGUUAUUACAGUCUGGCGGAGACUUAUAAAGACAACGGGGAUUUUAAGGAAGCUGUUGAUUAUUUCGAGAAAGAGUUGGCUCUUUGCAAGUCUUUGAAAGACAGUUUGAACACUUUGAGCAACAUUGCGGAUACGAAAGAGGCAGCCAAUGAGGCGAUUAGUGAAGUUAGGGCUGUGUACAACCGAGCUAUAAACAGUUGCCAAACGGAAGGAAACGUACACGAGGAAGGCCGAAUGUUGAAACGUCUAAUUCUGUAUUUGAGACGCCAGAACCAACAUUCAGAAGCCUUCAAUUUGGAACAGAGUUUAGCAAAAUUAGAUUAUCACAGUUCGGAUAGUGAUGGGGAAAGUUCCGACGCUCAGACCGAAUCUGUCGUGGGGGCCGASAUCGAUUUGGAAGRGAUCACAGAUGUCUCUGAUGAUAGUGACAUCGAGCAACCAACGACGCAUCGUCGCCGUCCCAAAAACUUCCAAAUCAAGAGAAACCUCAAAGGCGAGACCCAACUUCACACUGCUUGCAUUAAAGGACAGUUGAAUGUCGUCCGUCACCUACUCGAUCAAGGCCAUCCUGUCAAUGUGAGAGACAAUUGUGGGUGGUUACCCCUUCAUGAAGCUUGUAUACACGGCCAUCUUGACGUCGUCCGACUUUUACUAGACAAGGGGGCUGCUAUUAACGACCGAGGGGGCACCCAAUGCGAGGGGAUCACACCCUUACACGACGCCGCCUCUAAUGGACAUCUACCCAUAGUUGAGUUAUUACUCACUAGAGGCGCUAAUGCUGUUGCUAAGACUGACGACGGGGAAACUGUUUUGAAUUUUUUGAAAAAAUGGCGCACCGGUGUUGAGUUAAAUAAUGACAGUAGGGUACUCUAUGAGAGGUUAGUUGAACAAAUAUCACUAGCGUUGCAAAAAUCGGGUCAGGCUGUGGUGAUAAAUGACGAUCAGGAGACAGUGGCGUCUCCUAGUGGGAGUUUGAGACGUUCGGCUAUCAUCGGACUGGAGGAUGAGGACAGUUCGAGUCCAGAUUACAAAGCCGAUGAUUACCGAAAUGUCAUGGAGAGUUUGCGACGAAAGAGUGUGAAAACUCCCCCAAAAUCAAGUAGUGUGGUGAAAAGAUCCGCUCUUUUGUUUGAAAAUGACAUGGUCGAUGAUUGGCUCGAAGACGACCUUGGACAAACGUCAAAAAAACGUAAAACGGCCUCGCCGGUCAAUGAUUGUCAAGUGACCGGUGAGUAUUACCAACCCCCGUCGCGCAGUCCUGCCAAAAAGAAGAAACCAAAACAAACCAAAUUGACAAAUUUCGGCCAUACUAGAACCCUAGUCGAGGCCGACUCGACUUCGUCUCCGAAACCACCACCGAAGCUCCCCCGAACUCGCUCGUUCGAACUCGGCACAGACCCGACCUUGUCCGUAGAUGUCCGAAUCGACAAAAAGCUGUAUCGAGUACCGGUUCUCCUCUCGCAAGUCGGUACCCACACGAUAAAGUGGUUAGCGGAUGAGGCAGCCACCCGAUACGCCAAAAAAGAGUACAUAGUGCCAACUUUAGAACUCGAAACGAAAAACGGAGCGAUUUUGGCCGAUGAUGAUCCGAUUAGUUUGUUGUUUCCAAUGGGGGGGACACAGGCCGAGGAAGUUGAAGCUCGGAUUGUUAAAUCAAGUCUUCCGCCCCUCAUUGAUCGCUACAAAGAGGCAUGUCAGGAUAUGGGGAUGCUGCCACACGAACCGAUUUGUCAGGUCUUGCAGGAGUUUUCAGUAGGGUUGGAUUUGGCUGAUCGGGGGCUCAAAGGGGCGGUUUUAGCACCUCUUGUGAAGGUUCUAAACCGGCAAAGCAAUCUAGUCGAGUUGGAUUUGUCCGGGAAUUUUUUCACCAAUGAGUGUUUUCAUUUGUUGGGCAAAAGUUUAACCAGUUUGGAGAGUUUGUACAAGUUGGGUUUGAACUGUACAGGUCUGUCAUCGGAACAUGUACAAACCAUAGUGGGGAAUUUAACCCCAAAUGUUUCGUACAAAAUCAUAGACCUCGAUGUGAGUGAUAAUUGGUUACGCGAUGACAGUUUUGAAAGUUUAACCUUGUUGACUCGCCGAUUACAAUUGAAAAAAUUCAAUUUGGCGGGCAAUAAAUUUACGAAAAAUAUCUUCAAUCAUCGUUUAAACAAAGAUCUGACUCUAAACCUUGACCAAAUUGAAGAAUUCGACAUCAGUGAUAAUGAUUUUGAUAAUGUAACACUCAUCAAAAUAUUAUCGUGGUUGCAAUUCGACAAUUUAACAAACCUAAACGUCUCAAGAAACUCGCUGAGUGACAACUUUUUACGAGAGUUGCUCAAUAUAUGGACCACCAGUGGUAAAUUACAAGUUUGCAAAUUGUCAAAAUGCCACGUGACCGACUCGGAGAUAUUCGAUUUGUUACGCGUUGCCACUUCGCUCCAACACCUGGAUGUGUCAUACAACGAUGCUUUGACAAGCAUUUCGUUGAGAAGAUUGCUACAGAGUGGCAUCACGACUUUAGAUAUCUAUGGUUGUGAAAAUAUUUUCCAGUAUUUUACCGAAUUUUCCAAAUACAUUGAUAACACAUCAAGUGAUAAGACGCUCAAGUUGAGCCGGCCUGAAAAUUCCCAAAGAGAGACUGAAUAUUUAAUCGAAAUGUGGAAGGAGUUUUAUGGGAGUGAGAAAACAGUCGUGGAAUUGACGACGAGGUUUUUGGGGUUGUCGGUAUUAAAAGUGUGAUUUAUUUUAUAAAAUAAAAUUUAUCUUUAUUUACAA